CCCCCCAUCUUCACUCCCCACCCCCUAAAAAUCACUCCCCAUCCCUCCAAAACUGCUAACCAUGCCUCUAAUUUCACUAGCUACCCCCCAAAAUUCACUAGCCACCCCCCAAACCCCACUAGCCACCCUCCAGCCCUCACUAGCCCCCCUUUCCCAGGCCUGUACUACGUGGACAGCGAAGGCACCCGCGUGGCCGGCACCGCCUUCGCCGUCGGCUCCGGCUCCUCCUACGCCUACGGGGUGCUCGACAGGGGCCUGGGGGGCUCCCAAGAUUCGCUAGCCACCUCUGGAGAUUCGGUAGCCACCCCUGGGGGGUCAUUAGCCACCCCAGAGGCCGCCUGGGAGCUGGCACGGCGAGCCAUCUACGGAGCCGCCCGGCGCGACGCCUACUCGGGGGGCAGCGUGCUGGUGCUGCACGUGGGGCCCGCCGGCUGGCACCAGGUGUCCCUGCACAACGUGGCACAGCUCCAGGACAUCUACGGGCACCAGUGAGUGUACUGGGAGGCACUGGUUUAUACUGGGAGGCACUGGGAGGCACUGGGA